UUGUCGUGCAAACGGAAGAUGCGCCAGUUACUAUUUACGGGCUUCAAUGCAUUUGGGCAGCACAAUGAAAACAACAAAAGCAGUGGCCGCACUUCCGCUCGCGUUAACGGCUUUACAGAAAUAGUCGAACCCGGCAACAAUGAUGAUUCACAACUAAUAGUUGCGUUGAGCUGGCGCUAUACGGCCUAUGCGCUGGGCAGUAAACUGUGGCUGCGUGGCUUGCUUAACUGCGAGCCAAUUGAGUGCCUGGAGCUGGAAGCACCUGCUGCCGUGAGAGCUUUGGCUGCUUGUGAUCAGCAUUGCUUGGUGUUGCUACAAACUGGAGCACUUUUUAAGCUGCUACCCAAAUUGGGCGCCAAUUUGCAGUCCAUAUUGCUAGAGACUGCGGCUAGCACCACGACUGGCACUAAGCGCAAUAUAUUUGGCCAAGCCAAAACGGAGACUGCCAACGUUAUAACACAUAUUGCCUGCGGCUCACACAUUAAUGUAGCUGUUAGUGCUGCAAAUGCUGUCUAUAGCAUUCCCAGUUUUCUGCAUCAAUUUCCACAGCGUCAAUGGCGUGUGCAACAGUUGACAUGUGGCAAUGAGCAUGCGCUUUUGCUCAAUGGCAAUGGCGAUGUCCAUGCCUGGGGUAGUGGACUACGCGGACAAUUGGGCCAGCAGACGCUUAGUGUGGAAGAAACGCCGCAGCUUGUUGAGGCGCUAGCUGGCAUCAAAAUAACACACAUUGCCGCUGGCGCUUGGCACUCGGCAGCAAUCUCUGCUUUUGGCGAUUUGUAUACCUGGGGUUAUAACUCAAAUGGUCAGCUGGGCAUGCGCGUUAUGAAGCGUGAUAGUCUGCUCAAAGAGCCUGCAGUUUAUCCACUGCCACAGCUGCACGAUUUGCCAGCUUGUUGUGCUCAGUUGGAGGACGACGCAGCUGCUGCUGCUGAUGAAGCUUGCGCUCCUCUCAAAGUAUUUUGUGGUGCUAGGCAUACAUUGAUUAUGCGUCGUUGUGGCCGCUUGUGGGCCUGUGGUUGGUGUGCACAUGGUCAGCUGGGCACGCACAUAAGCCAGCUGAACUAUUUGGAUGCAUUUGAGGCUGUUAAUGAUGUUUGUAAGGAUGAAAGUUAUGAUGUUAUAUGUGGACCUUGGGCAACUAUAUUGAUGUGCAUGUAAGUAAAGUAUGCAUAUUGCAUGUAUAUCAGAGUGUGUCCAAUGAAUCAAUAAAUAUAUAUUA